CCUUCACGCCACCGGCUAUCAUUCGGCUUCCUUUACUUCCCCAAGAAACUUCAGUAGGGCCCAAUCUGCAAGACAGGGGGUGGAGAUGGGGAUGAGGCGCUUGGGAUUAUUGGAUGGGACCGAGAGACUGGAGUUUACCCUCUCUGCAGACCAAGAUUGUUGAAAACCAGAACUACGAUGAACGUCUAGAGAUUAACGACUCUGAAGAGGUUGCAAGUAUUCAUACUCCAAUCUCCAGACCUGAAGGACUUCUUGGUUCUGCCCAGCCUCCUGACAAGAUUAUGGCCGACAACAGCAGUGACGAGUAUGAGGAGGAAAAUAACAAGGAGAAGAAGAAGCCCUCGCAGCUGACCCCUCAGCAGGGCUUUAGUGAAAAUGAUGAUGAUGACGACGACGACUCCUCUGAGACAGAUUCCGAUGAAGAUGAUGAUGAUGAAGAGCACGGCGCCCCCCUGGAAGGGAUUUUCAGACGUCUCAGAGGCCAGCGUAAAGCGCUUUCCUUCUCUUCCGGCCACACUGCCUCCCUGGGUCCCAUGACGUCACUUGCGUCAUCGGAAGUAUUCGUGGGCUCCGUGGUUUCACAAGGAUUUGCUGAGGCCUAUGAUCCUGCAGAUUAUGAACAUUUGCCAGUGUCGGCUGAGAUUAAGGAACUCUUCCAGUAUAUCAGCAGGUACACCCCUCAGUUGAUCGACCUGGACCACAAACUGAAACCUUUCAUUCCUGAUUUUAUCCCUGCUGUUGGGGAUAUUGACGCAUUCCUAAAGGUCCCACGUCCUGAUGGAAAACCUGACAACCUUGGCCUGUUGGUAUUGGAUGAGCCUUCUACAAAGCAGUCAGACCCUACAGUGCUCUCUCUCUGGUUAACUGAGAAUUCCAAACAGCACAACGUCACACAACACAUGAAAGUAAAGAGCCUAGAAGAUGCAGAGAAGAAUCCCAAAGCCAUCGACACAUGGAUUGAGAGCAUCUCGGAAUUACACCGUUCUAAGCCCCCUGCGACUGUGCACUAUACCAGACCCAUGCCUGAUAUUGACAUGCUGAUGCAGGAAUGGUCCCCAGAAUUUGAAGAGCUUUUGGGCAAGGUGAGCCUGCCCACAGCAGAGAUCGACUGCAGCCUGGCAGAGUACAUUGACAUGAUCUGUGCCAUCCUGGACAUCCCUGUCUACAAGAGUCGGAUUCAGUCCCUGCACCUGCUCUUCUCCCUCUACUCAGAGUUCAAGAACUCACAGCACUUUAAAGCUCUCGCUGAAGGCAAGAAAGCAUUCACCCCUCCGUCCAACUCCGCCUCUCAAGCCGGAGAUGCAGAGACAUUAGCCUUCAACUGAGAUGCCCCCUGGGUCACUGUUCCAAGGCUGUGCUGGCUGAAGAGACACGGCCGGCAGCCACGUGGCGGCCCUGCCUGACGCAGGGACGCGUGUGCCCUACUGCCCUCUGUGCCAGAAAGUACGGCGCGCCCACCUUAAAUGCCUCUCUCAGGUUUUCUUCCCGUCGGAAUUCUGCAUCGACGCCGUGGCGGGGAUUUGAGUAGAAUAGAAGGAUUGGAAUGUCCGGGAUUCCAGGGUGCUCAGGCUGGGAGGGAAGCUUAAAAGCUGUUCUUUUUGACAUAGCGAUGGAAUUCUUUUCUUUCAUUCUUAAAGUUGGUUGGCAAAGAUUUUCCAAAUAAAAUGCUGUAUCUUU